AGGUAUGGGCCAGGGCUUCAAUCCAAACCCCGUUAUGGGCCAGGGGCCGGUAUUCCAUCAAGGAAUACAAAACCAGGGAAUGUUUGGCCAAGGGAUAAAUCCCAUGGGACAGUGGCCGGGACAGGAUCAAGGACAAGGCAUCGGGCAGAACCUUGGCAUGGGCCAAGGCAAUGUCCCAGUUCAGAACUGGGUAGGAGGCCUACUUCAACCAGGCCCGUGGAGACCAGAUCAGCUAGGGAUGGUUACACAAGGUAACACAAAUUUCCUCAUGUUUACGGGAAAUCAGCUUGAUACUCAUAUUUCAGAUUCGGUACGCCAAAAAAUUAUUAAAAAUGAGUAUGUUGACCUGAAAACACUGUUGGUGAAAACUGACUCAAAUCAGGAAUUUAAGUAUGUGACUGAAAAUGAGGAAGGGGAAGAAAGAUUGGUUCUCAAACCUAUUGAAGCAAAAGCAAAAAUAGCAUCAAUAAGUGAUUGGCAAGCAGCGUUCUAUGUCUUCAUGACUGUAUGUUAGGCAUCAACCUUAUGAAGCUAUCAACUUGAUCAAGUAUGCAAGCCACAUACUAUCUUUAAGCAAAACGCCGAAUGCAAAUUGGCAACAAUAUGAUGAGGAUUUUAGGAG